AAAAGGUAAAUCUUGUUUGACAAAAAAAGUAUGUCUCUUAAUGAUUCUAAAACCAUCUGAAUGAUUUUGUGCCAUGAGUCUUCCUUAAACAUUCAACGUCCUAAUUUCAUUGUAAACAAUUAUAUUUUAUUUUGCAGUAUAUCACGCGAGUUUCUUAAUUAUUCUGUACCAAACUAUUCAACAACUGUCAAACAACCUCUUAGAAAUUAUGAUUUUCAUCUUAUGUUUUGUAAUUUAUUGCUAUUUUCAUUUCUAGUUUAAUUUCUACCUUGGACAAAAAUAGUACAGAAUUGUAAACUACAAGGAUUGAAAUAAUAAUAAAUUGUAAAUCAUAAGGUUAAAAAUAGCAAUCAAUUACAAACAAUAGGUACUAAAACCUUAAAUUCUAAAUAACAAGGAUAAAAAGCAUAAUUUUUAACAAACUACAGGGACUAAAUUAGUAAUUUACUCUUUUUUCUUCUGAACAUGAAAGUUUUAGAAAGACAUUUUGGAUAUCGUUGCCUUGUUGCCAUACCUUCUUCUUCUUCUGUGCAGUAAACUGUCAACCGGAGUGAAACCACCGGUUGUUUUUCCGGCCACCGUCUCUCGGUGGUUGAACAUUUCGUGGAAGAACACAAUAAAACUGUUUUCAAACGAGCGAGAUGGAGGGAAAAAUUCAAGAACAGUUUAACAAAAUCUAACCACAAAACAAUGAAUUCGAUUAUUCCUUUUUAGCCAUUGAUUUCAUUGUUCCCAAAUGUUGCUUCAACAACCUUCACCUUCUCCUAAAACCCUCUCAAAUCCUUUCUUCUCUCACCUCCAUCUUCCCAAAAACCUUCAAUUCAAAUCCCCUUUUCAGUUUCGCCGGAAUUCGUUUCUCCUCCAUGCUUCCGCCUCCUCCGCCGCCGACACUCAAAGUCUACCACAAUCCGCAAUUAGAAGAAUCGCCGAUAAGUUACGAAGCCUUGGUUACGUUGACGAUAAUGGCAGUAAUCAACAACAAUCACCACCAGAACAAACCCUAAGUACUUCCCCUGGUGAGAUAUUCGUUCCGCUACCUAAUCGUUUGCCAAAAUACCGGGUCGGGCACACGCUUGACCCGAGCUGGAGUACGCCUGAAAACCCUGUUCCGGAGCCUGGGUCGGGUACUGCGAUAAGAAGGUAUCAUGAGCUUAGGCGGGAGGUUUGGAAGGAGAAGAAAGAGGAGAAGAUUAAGAGGAGAAUAGAGGGGAAUUCGGAGAGUGACAAUGUGCCAACAAUGGCGGAAUUGAAGCUGCCAUUAAAGGAGUUAAGGAGGUUGAGGGGGGUUGGGAUUGCUAUCAAGGAGAAGCUUAAGAUUGGGAAAGCUGGUAUUACAGAGGGCAUCGUGAAUGGAAUCCAUGAGAGAUGGAGACGGACUGAGCUUGUGAAAAUUGUCUGUGAAGAUAUGUGCAGAUUGAAUAUGAAGAGAACCCAUGAUUUACUAGAGAGGAAAACCGGUGGUUUGGUUAUUUGGAGGGCUGGAAGUAUUAUAAUCUUGUACAGAGGAGCCGACUACAAGUAUCCUUACUUCUUUGUUAAUAACGUAAAACCAAAUGAUGCAUCUGAUGGCGACUUAAUUGAAGAGGGUGGUGUUCAAGAAAGCUACUCUCAGAUGAAAACGACCCAGCCACCAUUGAUUCAAGGUGUGGGUUCACGAACUAGGGUACGGUUUCAACUGCCAGGGGAGGCACAGCUCGCGGAAGAAGCUGACCAGCUUUUGGAAGGAUUGGGCCCACGGUUCACCGAUUGGUAUGGAUAUGAUCCCCAACCAGUUGAUGCUGACCAUUUACCAGCAGUUGUUUCUGGAUACCGGAAACCAUUCCGGCUCCUUCCCUUUGGAGUUCAACCUAAAUUAACAAAUGAUGAGAUGACGAUGCUAAGAAGACUUGGGAGGCCUUUACCAUGUCAUUUCGCAUUAGGUAGAAAUAGGAAACUUCAAGGCUUGGCUGCAGCCAUAUUAAAGCUCUGGGAGAAAUGUGAGAUUGCAAAGAUUGCUGUUAAGAGAGGAGUGCAGAAUACCAACAGUGACCUAAUGGCUGAAGAAUUGAAGUGGCUAACGGGAGGAACACUACUUACACGGGAUAAGGAGUAUAUUGUUCUGUAUAGAGGUAAAGAUUUCUUGCCGGCUACAGUAUCUUCAGCAAUAGAACAAAGAAGAAACCGUGGAGUUAAUGGAUUUGAAAGGAAGAAGAUUCGUAGCUCAUCAGAUGCAGAAUUGAAUAAAGAUAAAAGAACUGAGAGUCCUUUUGUUGCCAAACUUGAUGGAAUAAGAGACCAGAAAUUAGAAGUUGCCAUUGAGCAGAGGAAACUACGAUCCCGUGAAGCAGCUGUUAAGAGAACUAGUUCCAAAUUGUCUCAGGCAUUGGAAAGUAAAGAAAGGGCAGAGAAGCUUCUGGAAGAGUUGGAGAAGCAAGAGAUCAAACAAGAACUUGAAGUGGAUAAAGAGGGUAUCACUGAAGAGGAAAGAUACAUGCUGAGGAAGGUUGGCUUGAAAAUGAGGCCUUUCUUACUAUUGGGAAGACGUGGAGUUUUUGAUGGAACCGUUGAAAAUAUGCAUCUUCACUGGAAAUAUAGGGAACUUGUGAAGAUAUUAACCGGUGAGACGAGCAUUGAUGAGCUUUAUGCAAUAGCAAGGACGUUAGAAGCCGAAAGUGGUGGAAUAUUGGUGGCAGUAGAACGAGUGCGUAAAGGUCAUGCAAUCAUUGUCUAUCGUGGCAAGAACUAUAAACGACCUGCUAGCUUGAGGCCACAAACACUCCUUAAUAAAAGAGAGGCACUAAAGCGUUCUAUAGAAGCCCAACGCCGAGAGUCUUUGAAGCUUCACGUAUUGAAACUUGGCAAAAAUGUCGAAGAAUUGAAGCUCAAAUUGGCCAAAAAUGAGGAAACCGAAAGGAAUUGUGAAAAAGAUGAGAAGGUUCAGUUGGAGCACGAGAUAGUGAAAAGCCGGUCAGCUGAAUAUAUGGAACCCCAUACUGUUCUAUCAGCUGAAUCUAUGGAACCUGAUUCUGAUCCUGAACUUUAUAAGUCAGAUCCUACCGAUCAAGACAACAGGCAGGGAAGAGAGCUUCAUGAAGGUGUUUUAGUUUCUUUAAACGAAAACGAUGGUUUAAAAGCAUCACAAGGAAGUCCAGAAACCAAUUGUCAAGAUCAAGCGAGCGAGUUUUCCAUGGAGUUGGACAACGAUGACCAAACCAGACAGCAGGAUCUGCCUGAAGUUUCCUCUAUAAAGCAUGCUGACGAGGAUGACUGUGGGUCCACAGAAGCUAAUUCAAACGUGUCGUCUGUAUUCGUGGAAGGAAUUAGCGGGUUUCCCGAAAUGAACAAUGAAAACGAGAAAUCUAAGACACAAAAUACUUCAACUUUCCCCGAUGCUUUCAAGCUAGAACGGUCACUUAGUACCGAGCCUUGUGAGCCUGUCAUAAGGAGCGAGAUGCCAUUUUCGCCGAUUCAUGGACCUAGUGUUACCGAGUCAAGCGGGAAACGACACAGGUCUGCUCUUCUUUCCAAUAAAGAACGACUGCUUUUGAGGAAACAAGCCCUUAAGAUGAAAAAACGUCCUGUUCUGGCUGUCGGGAGAAGCAAUAUUGUUAGUGGAGUGGCGAAAACGAUUAAGACGCACUUCGAGAAGCAUCCGCUUGCUAUUGUGAAUAUAAAAGGCCGAGCCAAAGGAACUUCAGUGCAAGAAGUGGUUUUGAUGUUAGAGGAAGCAACGGGUGGAAUUCUCGUCUCCCAAGAACCAAGUAAAGUUAUUCUGUACCGGGGUUGGGGGGCAACCACGACGUCGGAUUCUAACCGAACUAAUGGGAAACAUGAACCAAGGGACCAUGAAGGCAUGGUCAAACCAAUCAUCUCUCCCGAACUCAUUUCGGCAAUCAGGCUUGAAUGCGGAUUGCAGGAUAACAAAGUCCCCUAGAUCGAAGGAGUUUCCUAGAGGCGAAAAACGAUUUGUGACCUUCACUCGGUAUUUCUUGGCUACCAACGACGUUUCCGACUAUUACUCAAGGCGUUUUUGUCCUUCUCUAAGGUCAAUGGUCAUAUCGACAAUGCAUGCUUCUCGGGGCUGCAUUUUAGUAAGAGAUUCGACAUUGUGAGUUGAAGCUAUCCGGCUUCCGAAACACCUAAUUGGUAAAAAGAGUCUGUUUGUAGAACGUCUUUUUCCUUCUUGCCUAACGAGAGAACCGCUCGUUACUGAAACACAUACGCUCUUGUAGGGAUAUAGACGGUUGCAUCUGGGAGGUUUACGGUUUUCGAAUUACGAUCGUAAUUUUGUAUAUCUACAAUUACGACUAUAAUCUUGUAACUACUUUGUAAAAGUGUUAUCUUGAAAGGUCAGUAGAAAGAGGUCAGAUCUACGUAUAUUUUACCAUC